GUCUCGCCCUGCCAAAUUAUUUACCUACUGAAGCCCACCCCCUCCACCGCUCCUUGGGCUUUCGAUCGCUCCUUUAUAUCUUAUUUGCAUCCGAUCUCUUUGCGCGCAAGAUAUUCGAAAUGGCGAACAACAAGGAACUGGCUGAGGAGCCGCACAAGAGCUUCGAUACCAUCCUCGUCUUGGACUUUGGAUCGCAGUAUUCGCAUUUGAUUACCAGACGUCUCCGUGAGCUCAAUGUCUACUCUGAGAUGCUGCCAUGCACUCAAAAGCUUUCUGAGCUUUCUUGGAAGCCCAAGGGUAUUAUUCUUUCGGGCGGCCCCUACUCUGUCUACUGGGAUGAUGCGCCGCAUGUUGACCCUGAGGCUUUCGAAAUGGGAGUGCCAAUUCUGGGUAUCUGCUAUGGUCUUCAGGAAAUCGCUUGGCAUCACGGAAAGAACGUGCUCGCAGGCGAUAAGAGAGAAUAUGGACAUGCAACUCUGAACAUUCACGCUCACGAGGGCAAGUCAUCCCACAUCGACCAGCUGUUCCAGACGCUGGAAAAAGACAUGGAAGUGUGGAUGUCUCACGGAGAUAAACUUUCUCACCUUCCUCCGUCAUUUGUCACCAUUGCUACUACUCCUAAUGCACCAUUCGCUGGUAUUGCUCACGAAAACAAGCCCUACUACGGCAUCCAAUUUCACCCCGAGGUCACCCAUACGCGGGGAGGAACUAAAUUGUUGAAGAACUUCGCCGUUGGAGUGUGCAAAGCAAAGCAGGAUUGGAGCAUGGAGAAGUUUGUUGACAAGGAAAUUGCUAGAAUUCGGGCCAUGGUUGGCGAAAAGGGCCAGGUCAUUGGAGCCGUCAGUGGUGGUGUUGACUCAACUGUUGCGGCUAAGCUGAUGAACGAAGCCAUUGGCGACCGCUUUCAUGCUGUCCUUGUCGACAACGGUGUGCUCCGUCUGGAGGAGUCUCAGACGGUAAAGGAGACGUUGACCAAGCACUUGGGAAUCAACCUUACCGUGGUGGAUGCAAGCGAACGUUUUCUGGGAUUGUUGAAGGGAGUGAGCGACCCGGAAAAGAAGAGAAAGAUCAUUGGAAAUACUUUUAUUGAAGUUUUCCAGGAGACUGCAAAGAAGAUUGCGGAGGAUGCUCAUGGUUCGUCUCGCCAAGGAGAGAUUGAAUGGCUUCUUCAGGGUACUCUCUAUCCGGAUGUCAUUGAAAGUAUUUCCUUCAAGGGCCCCAGUGCCACUAUCAAGACUCACCACAAUGUCGGUGGCUUGCUUGAGGGCAUGCACCUUAAGCUCAUCGAGCCUCUUCGGGAACUCUUCAAGGAUGAGGUGCGCGCAUUAGGCACCAACCUGGGCAUCCCUGAGGACUUGGUAUGGCGCCAUCCUUUCCCGGGACCGGGACUUGCCAUCCGCAUUCUCGGCGAAGUCACCAAGGAGCAAUUGAGAAUAGCUCGUGAAGCGGACAAGAUUUUCAUCGAGGAGAUCAGAGCUGCUGGAUUGUACAACCAAAUCAGCCAGGCUUUUGCGGCCGUGUUGCCUGUCAAAGCUGUUGGUGUCAUGGGUGACAAACGUGUCCAUGCUCAAGUUGUUGCUCUCAGGGCCGUUGAGACUACGGAUUUCAUGACGGCAGACUGGUUUCCAUUCGACGGCCACUUUUUGAAGCGGGUUAGCCGAAGAAUCGUCAAUGAGGUUGAUGGUGUCUGCCGUGUCCUCUACGAUGUGACCAGCAAACCCCCGGGAACGAUUGAAAUGGAGUAAUUGAAUAAUGCAAAACUGUAGAUAGAACAUAUAUGGCGGGGGAGGGGCAGUU